GCAAAGUCAAAAUCGGAUACAAAUCAAAACACACCGAAACACAGUCCGCCAGCCACAAACUAUGGCAGCCCGAAUUGUGCAAUCCCUAACUAGCGAUAAUCUCCUAUCUGGCGCACUUAAUCUUCGAAACUUCGUUCGCCAUGGUCAUCGACUACGGGGAAAAGCACCUGGAAUCGCCAGAACACUCGAACAACGCCUUGCCGAGGAGCGGAGUGUGGAUCCGGAACUCACGAGCAGGGUGAAUAUAGGAUUCCCUCAUCUCAAGCCAGCCCGAUCGGCACAGCUGAAAGAGCGUUUGACGCAUCUGAAGGCACAGCGGGCCUAUUUAGAGCUGGAAAAAAUGUCCCGAGCACAGACACUCACCGUGGACCCAGAGCUGGUUAGGGUGGAGUGGCUCAAAACAAGGGGUCCACUGCACAUCAAGCGCGUUGCAGAACAUUACGGAAUUUUGGAGCAUUUGUUUGGGGCAGCUUAUUUCGUUCCGCGGGUUGAAAUGGAAAUCACAUUCAACAACGGGGACAGCGAUAGCCGCGUUUAUUAUGGCAAUGUUUUGAAACCGAGUGAAGCCACCAAAGAACCGAGCGUGAAGUUUGAUUCAGCGUUUGAUUACAGAGGGACAGGGUCGGCCGGUGAAAAAGAGAACUCGUGGUGGACACUUGUUCUAACAAAUCCCGACGGCCAUCUCGCUGAAAAUGAUAAGGAAUAUUGCCAUUGGUUUAUCGCUAACAUUCCAGAUGGCGAGAUAGCAAAGGGUGAUCGAAUUAUACCCUAUAUGCAACCAAUCCCACCAAAAGGGACCGGUUAUCACAGGCACAUAUUCGUGCUGUACAGACAGGACAAGAAACUAGACCUUAGCGAGUAUAAAAUUAGCGGAAAGGAAACAAAUUUGGAAGAGAGGACCUUCAAGACGCUGGACUUCUAUCGGAAGUAUCAGGAUGAUAUUACACCGGCAGGAUUGGCGUUUUUCCAAUCAGAUUGGGAUAAAAGCUUGAUCGAUUACUAUCACGACGUACUGAAAAUGAAGCACCCAUCGUUUGAGUACGACUUCCCGGCGCCGUACAUUCGCGAUCAGGAGUGGUUUCCGCUUCGGAAGGCAUUCAACCUCUACAUGGACAAAUAUCGGGAUCCGAAAGAAAUCAACAAAGAAUAUCUCGCCCGGAAACUGGCUAAAACACAUCCCUUCGAUGGACCCGAGCCUCCGCUUCGCUAUCCCAAUGCCCACCCGGUGCGUGAUGUACCGUCCUGGCUGCGAACUGAAAUCAAGCGCGAGCGGCUGGGCUGUGGCCGGAUUAAUGAUAUAUAGGACGAGGUAACGAGUUAGGAAAAUGGUUGGCAUUUGUUUAGGAACCGUUUUCGCUCGCAAUAUAAAAGUUUUUGAGUUUUGGAGUACGAUGAAGAA